AUCAGAUCUGGGAUUUGCUGGAAUUUAUGACAUGAUGUGAUGCAGAAAUUCAGGAGAGGGUGGAUCCUGAGACUUCAGCACUGAGAGCUCUUCAGGUGGAUGCGUCUCAGAUUAGACUAACACAUUGACUGGACAUAGCAGAGGAUUCUGCAUCAAACCCACUGGCUGUUACACUCUGAAAGGAAGGAAGUCAGAGCUGGACGUUAAGGCGCUCCCCCAUAAUCACACUAGACAGAGAAUAUGCUCACAGACAUCUUCACAGCUCAGCUCCAGGAAAGUGAUGAAAGUUUGAAAAUCCCCAGAAUGUCAGGUGGAAUCAUGUGCUUCAGAUGUGGAGUCCUGUCACUGAUCAUUCUGCUGUUUAUUCCAGUUUCAGGUUCUCUGGGUCAGAGAGUGACCAUGUCCUGCAGGCCUCAGACUGUCUGCGCUCUGAGAGAAUCAGCAGUGCACCUGAUCUGCUCUUAUUCACCCACCAUCAAACCUCAGCAGAUCUUCUGGUUCAGCCCCAAAGAAAGGGCUAAAUGGAGGAAUGAGGACGAUCCAGAGGAUUUAGCUUUAGACUCAGACUACGCAGGACGAGUGAGAUACACUGACACUCAGUCCGGCUCCACUCUCACAAUAACAGACCUGAGAGAGAGAGACUCAGGAGAAUAUCAGCUCAUGGUCAUCACAGGAGGAGGAGAGAGAUCUAAGAGCUCGGCAUUCAGACUGACAGUUACAGACCUGCAGGUGAGGGUGGAUCCUGACACUGUACAGCCGAGAAAACUGACCUGUAUCACGUCCUGCGCUUUGACUUCUGCAUCUUAUUACUGGUCUAAAAAUGGAGGAAGAAUCAGUGGGAAAACCAACCAGAGCACUAGGGUUUCAUCCAGUGAUCCUGGCAGUUACUCCUGCUCUGUUGUCACAGGAAGCCAUGAAAUCUACUCCAGCAGUGUGUGCAUUUUUGGUGAGAACUGUUGGAAUGUGAGCUACUCAGACAGAAGACUGUGUGCUGUGGAGGGAUCAUCAGUGGACUUUCUCUGCACUUACUCACAUCCCAGUCAUCUCACAGUUAAUGAAGCUUUCUGGCAUUACGAGCCUGGAACGAACCCGAAGGAUCUGAGUCUGGACGAGCGGUUUGCUGGUCGAGUAGAGUUUCUCGGGGACAAACAGGGAAACUGCAGUCUGAGAAUGAGAGACGUGAGAAAGAACGACUCUGGAGAAUAUCACUUUAGAUUUGUUACCAACACUGAAGCAUUCUUUGGUAAACCUGGAGUCAUUCUGAAUGUUACAGACCUUCAGGUGAGUUCAGGUCCAAGCAGUCCAUCACAAAGUCAGACCAUAACACUGUCCUGUAGCUCCACCUGCACUGUGCCCAACAACCCCACUUACAUCUGGUCCAAGAACAGAGAGCCUGUAACCAACAAACCCACCAAAUACAACAAGCUCUACCUGGAGUCAGCGAGCAGUGAAGAUAUACGCCAGUAUUCUUGUGCUUUAGGAAGCAGAGAAGGUCUAGAACGCAGUGAAAUGCUGAUGCUCAUCGCUGUGACCAUUGUGGCCGUAAUAGUCAUUGUAAUAAUCAUUGGAUCAGUGUGGAAGUGUUUUGUGGUCAGGAGGAGGAGAACCGCAGAGCGAGACAUGGCUGUCCAGACUCCGAAGCCUGGAGACGAUACAUACACAGCUCUGAACCCGGUUACCAUGUCCUCCUCAGAUUACGACACUCUGACAAAUGUUACAGGCGCUCCCAGUGACACAUACUCAACCCUCAACCCUGCAACCCUGGCGUCUGAUUAUGACACCCUGACACAUUGUACUGGCUCUCGUAAUAAUUGGCGUUGAAUCCUACAUUGUUAUUAUGAGACUCUCAGGACAAACUCAGCAGAGACUGUACAUCACGUCUGCAUUUGUAUUUAUUAAGAAGAUCAUUACAGAUAUUCUGGGUACUUUGUAUCACUUUGGAUUCCAUUGUGUGCAUUUUAUAAGCCACCAUUGAUAAGAGUGUCUUCUAAAUAAAUACAUUUAAAUAUAUAAUUGAUAUAUGAUAAUGAUAAAAGCUCUGCAGAUAACAUUUCAUAUAUGUAUGAAAUAAUCUCAUCACAAUUACUAAAAUCUCACCAUAAACACAUCUCAGAGCCCUGAUUGCUAAAAUCUGCAGGCAGCCAUUUGGGUUUUCAUUGAAUUCAUUCAUACAGUUUUCAUACAAUUUCAGCUGCCAUGUUUAUGAGCAAAGAACAUAAGCUGUGCAACAUUUGCCAAUUCAGCAUAUUGUUAUUUUUGGAACA